UGUUAGCAGCCGACAAACAAAUUGACAAGGAUCGUUUGUAAACUCUGCUGGCGAAUGAAAGCCAUUCUAAAAUAACUGUCUCAAAGGGAAAAUACAGAGCAAGAUGAGGUUCGAAACUACUUUACAGAAAGAGCCAAAACACUCAGAACUGGUCAGCGGUGUGGGAUGGACAUCCCCUGAUGAACUCUACACAGCAGCUGACGAUUUCAAAAUCUUGAAAUGGAACCUUUUGACCAGUGAGACAACAACCCUGAUGAAACUGCCCCCUGAGGUAUUCCCCACCAGUAUACAGUGGAGUCCUAAAGGUUCAGGGGGCAGUAAGAAAGGGACAUCUGAUGUCUUCAUCUUAACAUCAGCUGAUGGUAGUUUUCACCUGAUCAGUAAGGGAGGUCGCCUGGAGAAGAAGGUUGAAGCGCACAAGGGGGCAGUACUCUGUGGGAAGUGGAGUCAUGAUGGUAGUGAUAUUGUCACAGCUGGGGAGGAUGGCCAGGUGAAAAUCUGGUCAAGAAGUGGAAUGCUAAGGAACACACUGGCACAGAAUAGUAUGCCAGUGUAUGCUGUGUCCUGGGGACCUAACUCAGAUCAGGUACUGUUCACGAAUGGAAGACAGUUGGUGAUCAAACCUCUGCAGGCCAACUCCAAACCCACUGUGUGGAAAGCCCAUGAAGGUGUGAUUCUGAACAUAGACUGGAACCCAGGUAACAACUUGAUACUGUCUGGAGCAGAGGAUUGUAGGUACAAGGUCUGGGACACAUAUGGUCGUGUGUUGUACACUAGCUCAGCCCAUGAGUACCCCAUAACAUCCGUGGCCUGGACGCCAGAUGGGGAACUGUUUGCCAUUGGCUCCUUCAACACACUCAGGCUGUGUGACAAGGCAGGGUGGUCCUAUGCAUUAGAGAAACCAACGACCGGCAGUAUAUUUGCCCUGGCCUGGUCUAGUGAUGGUACACAAGUGGGCGGGGCUUGUGGUAACGGACAGGUCAUCAUUGCCAAUAUUGUAGAGAGGCGUCUGGAGUGGAAAAACUUUGAGGUGACUCUGGCGGGAAACAAGAGGAUCCUGGCCCGGAAUGUCAUGAAUAAUGCUGAGGAGAAGCUGGACUUCAGGGAUCGUGUCAUCAAGACCUCCCUGUCAUUUGGACACCUGAUAGUAGCCACGUCAGCCCAGUGCUAUGUCUACUCAGUUCGUAACUGGAACACACCCAUGAUCUUUGACCUGAGAGAAGGAAAUGUCACACUGAUUCUGCAAGCAGAGAAACACUUCCUGAUGGUGGACGGUGCAGGCGUUUAUGUAUACACAUAUGAUGGCCGUCUGGUGUCCACCCCUAAAUAUCCAACCCUCCGUGCCAACACGCUCAACGCUCAGACUAUCUCUCUCAGCAAUGACACUGUGGCCAUCAGGGAUAAAACUGAUGAGAAAGUGAUAUACCUAUUUGAGGCAUUGACUGGGAAAGCUGUAGGAGACGGGAAGAUUACGCAUAAGUUAGAGGUGAUGGAGAUAGCUCUGGACCAGUGUGGCACCUCCAACGAGAGACGACUUGUGAUCGUGGACAAGAACAGAGACCUGUACAUCACCUCUGUCAGGGUAUUCGGCACGGACAGGAAAAUCAUCAAACUAGGUACGAUGGUGCAUUCCUUGAGCUGGAAUGACAGCACAAACAUGCUCUCAGCCCUGACAGAUAACAAGUUUACUGUUUGGUAUUAUCCUAAUGCUGUCUACGUCGACAAAGACAUUCUGCCAAAGACACUGUUUGUCAAAGAUGCAAGUGAAUUUGGGAAGAAUCCCCAGCUUGUGAACUUCGUAGGUAAUCACUUGAUCAUUCGUCGUGCAGAGGGUUCACUUGUCAGCACAUUAGUCUCCCCUUACCCAGCCAUCCUCCAUGACUAUGUGUCCUCAGCCCGCUGGAGCGAUGCUGUCAGACUGUGUCGCUUUGUCAAGGAUGAUGUGUUGUGGGCGUGCCUGGCUGCCAUGGCUUCAUAUGCUAAAGACCUGGCCACAGCAGAGGUUGCUUAUGCUGCUAUAUGUGAGGCCAGCAAAGUGCAGUAUAUCAUCAAUAUCAAGGAAAUACCUGUGAAGGAGGCUAGGAAUGCAGAGAUGGCUCUGCUGUGUGGGAACCCUCUGGAUGCUGAGGCUAUCCUUUUACAGGCUGGGCUGGUGUUUAGGGCAAUUCUACUGAAUGUACAACUGUACAACUGGGACAGAGCACUCGAGCUGGCGGUCAAACACAAAACACAUGUGGACACUGUGCUUGGCUUUAGAGCACGCUACCUGGAGAACUUUGACAAGAGAGAGACCAAUAAGAGGUUCCUGCAAUACAGUGAAGGGGUGGAGGUAGACUGGGAGAAGGUCAAUGCAAAGAUAGAGAUGGAAUAUCAAAAAGAACGUGAGAGGCCUGUGGCACAUGGUUCGUCAGAGUCGGGAAGAGCCAGUAAGAUGCGAUGACCUGUGUUGGGGUGAAGUCAGGACAUGGACAUCAUUGUGAAUACAAGCCCACAGAAACCUAAACUUGUAUUGUGUUUAGUUUGACGUUUAUUAGGGUUGAGCUAUAAACUUACGCUGGCUCACAAUAAACCUAAACUGUUAAUAUGCUUUAAAGCGUAAAAUAUUCAUAGGUAGAAUCUCAAGGAAUUAAUGUCCUUACAUUUUCUGGAUCUGAUACAAUGUAGUCUGUGAUGUACACACAGGGUAAAAUCGAGAGACUUCAGAUUUUCAGAUAAAUUAUUAAUCAGCAAAUUUGUAAUAUAUUAUGUAAACCUGAAGUUCCUUUUCUUCCCCUGAAAAAUAACACGGGCCCUGUCCAAAUGUGACCAUUUGGCCUCAAGCUCCCCAUAGGGGAGGAAGUAUUAUCUGGCUCUGGGCUUGAAUUUGUUAUUGAAAAUCAGUUUUUACAUAUAAAGUGUUUUAUUUAUGAAACAAAACAAAAGGUGUUGGAACCUACCAGACGUAUGUCUGAAAUUCCUUGGCUGUGAUAGGCUUGAUUUUUCUUAACCAAUAAAUGAAGCAUGCAGGAAAGGUGCCUAUCACUCGUGGGUGAGCCUGCAUUCAUAUUCUUCAAAAUCCAUUAGAUUUCAGCUAACAACUAUAUGUAGAGAGAAUAUUCAGUGUUUUUUUACCAUUGCCCAGGAGUGUCCUGUUCCAUGCCUUUACCCUAUGUUUAAGUCAGGUAAGUUAGCUGACUCAAGCAGGCCAAGGCCUAUUCCACAUAGCAAGACUGAAGUUAAAACAUCAGUGUAAAUUUAUGACACUCAAGUAAGUGCUAUGUUACGAGGAACCAAUAUUAGUUUGAACUAUUGAGUAUGAAAUUAUAGCAAAGUUUUUCAAUUGUAACUCAGUUUCAGUUAUAAAAUUAGCUUUGUGUAAUUUGAUCCCAGAUCUGAUCCAAUGCAGAUAUUCAAACGCAUUAUUUAUAGGAAACAACCAAUAUUAGGGAUCUGAAAGAUAUUCAGAAUCACUGCUGAUUUAAUUCAGUGCAGAAUCAAGUAGGCAAAGCUCAGUCUAAAUUUAGAUUUUAGUUUCUGUAGAUUUUAUAUUCAUUGUGUACAGUUUGUGACCUUAGUUUGAUAGACACUUAAACCCAGGAUCUGUUAUCUUUGUUGCCAGCCAAUGAGGCUUGGCUCUGUAUCCCUUAGAAAUCCACAUCGUGUACUGGGGGAGUUUUGGGAUGAAACUCUUUUGUUGCUAAAGGUCAAAAGUUCACAGAUGUUCCGUUCCUCAGUUGUCUUCAUCUACUCUACCUUUUUAGGAAACUUUCUUUUCUAAUGCCCAUAUUAUAAUUAUUGUAAUCAAAAGGAGUUGCCUGACAAUUCUGGCAGGUUGCAUUGUGCCGAAGGAGUUUUGAGGGCGAUACUUUAAAAAUAGUUCAGGCUCGGAAUUCCCCUAUUGAGGUUCAUUCAGGUAUUAGGAUGACAAUUUAAUGGUAAUUUAGAGAUUUUUGAUUAUCUUGUUCCGGGUCUUGUUCUGCUACAGUGUAGACUGAAUAGGUCACAUACUACCCAUCCAUUGGGUUCCAUUUUUUAUCCGACUGAAAAUGAUAAACGAAGAUCGUGGCAUGAACCACCAGAAAAAUAUACUUUCAUAGUUAAUAUGAACAUAAGUCUAAGGUGUUGCCCUGAUUUAAGUUGUAGGUAAAUAUUUUGUUGUACAUUGUUCUGUUGUAUGUGUAAGAGGAGAAAAGAAGUUGGAUGAUCGUUCAUAUGCAGUCACCCGAUCUCAUCAAGAGCUAUUUGUUGCGUAUUAGAUACCGAUUUCAUUGUACUGGUAUGCCCAUUUGUUGUUGUGGUUGUAGAAGGCCUACAUUCUUUGAGAUACGCUGACCAUUGAAGCUGCAACGAAAGAUAAAAAUAUCUGUUCACAUUUGUGAUGAAAAUCUUAGUACCAUCAUAUAACACCAGUACAUUUAAAACACUUUCUCUGGCAGCUGUUUUUGUUUUACCACUCUUCCAUGUUUUUCUUCUUGAUAAAUUAGCUGAACCAUUUCUGCUUGUAAAGUAUUGGUUACACCAUGUUUUUAGCUCGCUUGUGCAAAGUACAGGCAUAGCUUAUGUCAUAUUGGGAUGGUCUAUCGUUAAUUCACUGUGAGCAUAUUAAAUGCCAUAAAUUACAAAAUUUCCAAAUUGGUAUAUUGUGUAUUAGAAUCCUUGUUAAAGGAAAUGUUAGAGGGUGGUAUUUCAAAAAGUACUGCAUGUAUUGAACUGAGGUUUUGCAUACAUGUAUAGUACAGUGACACAGAUGGGGAUGUUCCAUUGCUGAAGCACUGUGUGCAUAUUAAGUACCAAAUUUUAAAAUUCAGUACUUCAUUUAUUGAACUGAAGUUUUGCAUACAUUGUGUCUUCUACAGGCGGGCUCUUUGGUAGCUUUGCUACUAAACUGAAGUGUCAUAGUGCACACGUACAACUCAUGAACAGCUUCCCAUUUGCUUGGUCUGUAGUGGCAUGCGAGUUACUGCUUUAGCUGAAGCUUCUGUACAUAGGUGUAUAAUGUUAGAGUGAUCGACUCGCAGAAAUAUAAUGUUAUAUUGUACAUACAUCCAUCACCAGUGAGGUCGCUGUGAGUUCAAGUCCAGCUCAUGCUGGCUUCCUCUCAGACCGUACGUGGGAAGGGCUUGCAGCAACCUGCGGAGGGUUGUGGGUUUCCCCCGGGCUGUGCUGGUUUUCUCUCACCAUAAUGCUGGCCGCUGUCGUAUAAGUGAAAUAUUCUUGAUUACGGCGUAAAACACCAAUCAGAUAAAUAAAUAAAU